AUCUGAAGCACGUUUGAUUGGCGGCUCUGACGUCCAAUCACAUGCUCCCUCCGAUUUUCUGCAGCGCUUGAACGACAGUUAGCUGCUAAAGCUAAAGUUCAGGUUCAUUUUAUCAAUCGCUGUAAAUAGAUAUUAACCAGGUGAUAUUAUCCAGCAGUCCAGACUGGACCAGGAUGGUUGAUAAGUUUGACGGUCAGGAGGUACAAUCCAGCGGGGAGUUGUGGUCCCAGAUCUGCUCCAGCCUUCCGGAGGUCCAGGUUCCGGAGAACAGCCCGGACUUCACAGACUCAUUCCAUCCAGCGGCCCACCAGGAAGUCCAGGCCAGUGCACAAGUGAAUGGGACCAAUACCAGUUCCCCCAGUGCUCACUGGAAACCCAUGGAUGACUCCGACUCUUACUUAGCCAGUUUAGAAAACCGCCUGAAAAAGAUCAAGGGUCAGUCCAGUGACGUAACCUCCAGAGACAUCCUGCGCUCAUUGUCUGAAGCUAAGAAGGAAUGCUGGGAUAGAUUUCUGCAUGAUGCCCAGACCUCAGAGCUCUUCCAAAGUGACGACAUGGAUGAGAGUGCUCUAGAACACUUCAAGAGGUGGUUGAUCCCAGAGAAGGUGGCCAUCAGUGCAGAGGAGCUGGAGUAUCUUCUGAGGCCGUCCCGGAGUAAAGAAUCAACAGGAUUACAUCACACACAAAACGAAGAGGAGACAGCGGGAGGAGAACAGAACUCAGAAGAAGAUACCAGCUCCCCAGAGAAAUAAAUGUGUAAAAAUACUGCACUGAAGUAUUCAUUUGCCAAGUCAUUUUCAGUUCACCUUCCAGUGGUGUUUCUGAGCUGCGAUGUUAAAGCUGUUGUUUCUUUUAAUCUGCCAGUUCUUCCGUUUUUGUCUUAAAUAUCCAUCCUUUAAACAUGGAGGAUGGUGAUGUGUGAAAUUUAUAUAUUUUUUUUUUGUAACAACAAAUUUAGCAUCAAAGUUCAUGUGACUCUUAGCUUUAGUUAAAUAAACAAUAGAACCACAGUGGUUGGGAUGUAACAAGCUGUUAAUAUUGCUUCCUUUUGUUUUUAAUUCUGACUUUCAUAAAUCAGUGAGGGAUGUUUAGAUGCUUUGCAAAAUUCUGUAAUCUAUCAUUAAAUGUUUUAAUUUUGAGCACAAUUUCACUUAUGUUUCAAUAAAAAAAAAAUGCUUACUCUGA